AAGCACUUGACAUGAAAACUCACCUUAAUAUCGCAAGUCAUGCGCUUUUCCAGUUCGUUCUUUUGCAAUAUUUUCCUCUUCGCUACGAAUGUUGUGAGCGAAGUUUUCCCAUGGGUGGAGGAUGACCUGAUUGGAGGCCAGACCAUAAAUGUCAAGUACAUCGAUGAGGGUAGUACACCUUUGCUCGUCGAUCUAUCGGUUUUUGAAGUAGUGAUAUUCUCUGGAGGAAAUGAAUCCCCUGUGACCCUUUACACGUCACGAAGGUUCAAUUUCUCGGAAAUUCGUCAACUUGACGAUCCAAGUGGCAACGAAAUGGGAUUCAAGGACUGGUAUACGAUCCCCAUAUCUGUACCUUGGUCAAUUGGGCCGAAUAUAGCCCGCGGAUACUUCCUCGGAUUUAGAUCUCAUUUCAAGCAGAAUGAAAGCAUCGAGUACAUCACAUAUACGGCUCGCGUUUCUAUGCUCAACAAUGGAUCUCUUUCGUCGGAAAUCGAAGAGGCGGCAAAAGCGGACGGACAGGCGGGGGCCGGACCGCCCAGCUCCUGGGUUUGCAAAGGGCAACCAUGCUCUCGAUCGACAGCACUAUCGUGGGUAUACUUAACCCAACCAAAGCCCAAGAAGUUCGUAGAACCGCUCAAUGAAAACCAAAAAUUUGCGAUAGGACUUUCUACUACAAUUGGAGGACUAUUUCUGAUCCUCCUCGCUGGGAUAAUUUGGCGCUGUAGGCAGAUACGGUCGGAGAAGAAGGAUUCUAAAAGGAGAUGGUGGAACAAAAUACCAUCCCCAGAAGCUGGGGCAUCGGAGCUACAGGGUCGCAAUGGGCCAUAUACAACUGCUGAGCUAGGUGGUGAGGGAAAUCGCGGAUCGGUAUUCGAGCUACAGGCAGGGAGUAUACGAGAAGGCAGCGAUGGAACAGGCGACAAGAAAUGUGUUUCAUCUAUGGAGGCGUUUGACUUUGAAGAGACACAAAGACUGCACCCAAGCGGUGAUAAUGUUAAUAAAGUUGUGGGAAAGGAGCUAGCAGAGACACCGAGAAUGGAGAUGGAUGGAAAUGAGGCGAGAGAUAUCGAUGAAAUCUUACCAGUGGAUCCUAAGCGGUCGAAAUUCGGGUCAAAAUACACCAAGAACCGAGACAGAAAACACAGCUCAGCACCAAUACCGGAUGCAACGACACGGCCACUUCGAGACACUUCCCCCCACGAAUCUACAGCAAUGCUGACAUGA